AUGAGCCCAAGCUCGAUGGACAAGGUCGGUAAAUUUGAUGGUACUGGUUUCCAAAUGUGGGCAUACAAAAUGCGUAUGUUCCUCACCGCAAAGAGUUUGUGGAGGUACGUUGAUGGUACCGCCACUGAAAACACAGAGAAGUCAAGUCAAGCUAUUGCGAACAUCGCAUUGCGACUUGAAGACAGUCAGUUGAUUCAUGUGAUGAACGCAACAACUGCACGAAAUGUUGCAUGCUUUGAAUGCAAUGAAUCAGCAGAAGGACAUGUCAAACAAGAUGUGGGUCAAGGAGAAAUAUGCGACAUUCCGAUACAGUUCGGACAGCAUGACCAAGCAUCUUGA